UCUCCCCUCUCUCCUCCCACUCUCCUGCUCCUCUCUCUGAGCUCGAGUCUGUCCGCUUGUCUUCCCCCUCUCUGCCUUCACGAGUUCUCCUCCCGAAACCUGCGCGAGGCGGUCACUGAAGCGCGAGGCUAUAUCCCCCCCUCUCCCCGGUCACUUCAGUCAACAUGGCUACAAUUGUAACCUCGACCCGAUUCACAGAUGAAUAUCAGCUGUACGAGGAACUCGGAAAGGGUGCCUUCUCCGUUGUUCGGCGAUGCGUCAAGAAGUCCACCGGCCAGGAGUAUGCUGCUAAAAUUAUCAACACCAAAAAGCUCUCAGCCAGAGAUCACCAGAAACUGGAGCGGGAGGCUAGAAUCUGUCGUCUGCUCAAACACCCAAACAUAGUACGACUCCAUGACAGUAUCUCAGAGGAAGGCUUCCAUUACCUUGUCUUUGACCUUGUCACUGGAGGAGAGCUGUUUGAGGACAUUGUUGCUAGAGAGUAUUACAGCGAGGCAGACGCCAGCCACUGCAUCAAUCAGAUCCUGGAGAGCGUCAGUCACAUCCACCAGCAUGACAUCGUGCACAGGGACCUUAAGCCAGAGAACCUGCUCCUGGCCAGUAAGAUGAAGGGAGCAGCAGUGAAGCUCGCAGACUUCGGCCUGGCGAUUGAAGUGCAGGGGGACCAACAGGCAUGGUUUGGUUUCGCAGGAACUCCUGGUUAUCUGUCCCCAGAGGUGUUGAGAAAGGACCCGUACGGCAAGCCUGUGGACAUAUGGGCAUGUGGAGUGAUCCUGUACAUCUUGUUGGUGGGCUACCCUCCCUUCUGGGACGAGGACCAACAUAAACUGUAUCAACAAAUCAAGGCCGGUGCAUACGAUUUUCCAUCUCCAGAGUGGGACACAGUGACCCCCGAGGCCAAGAAUCUGAUCAAUCAGAUGUUAACGAUUAACCCUGCCAAAAGGAUCACCGCCGACCAGGCCCUCAAGCAUCCCUGGGUCUGCCAACGCUCCACUGUGGCCUCCAUGAUGCACCGUCAAGAGACUGUGGAAUGCCUGCGCAAGUUCAACGCCAGGAGGAAACUUAAAGGGGCUAUCCUCACAACAAUGCUGGUGUCCAGGAACUUUUCAGCAUGCAAGACCUUACUAAACAAAAAGUCGGAUGGUGUGAAGUCGCAGGGAAACAACAGUAAAAACAGUGUAGUAAGCAGCAGCAGCACCAAAGACAGCAGCAUGUCAUCUUCAGCACCAAUGGAAGCCCAGACAACUGUUGUACACAACCCAGCUGACGGCACCAAGGGCUCCACAGAGAGCUGCAAUAACACAGAAGAGGAGGAGAUGAAAGGUAGGAAAGUCGCUGCCUGUGAGUCUACUAGUACAGACAGUGUGGCAUUAAGCCAGUGCAGCACCGCUGAGGAACAGACCGAGACUCCGUCUCCUUGCUGCCCGCCACCCACCUCUGGUCCUGUGCAGGAUGCUGCUUGCAGCCCCAGUGUCCCUGUAGCUCAGACCAGUCCAGCUCUGAGCCCCUGUCCUGAACCAGAGUCCGCUCUGUCGGCCCCCGCAGGCAGCAGCUGCAACCUGCAGCAGACUCGUAAACAGGAGAUAAUAAAGAUGACAGAGCAAUUGAUUGAAGCCAUCAACAAUGGAGAUUUUGAGGCUUACACGAGAAUCUGUGACCCGGGCCUGACUUCUUUUGAGCCAGAGGCUCUCGGAAACCUGGUGGAGGGCAUGGACUUUCACAAGUUCUACUUUGAGAACUUGCUGAGUAAAAACAGCAAGCCAGUGCACACCACCAUCCUCAACCCCCAUGUACAUCUGAUCGGCGAGGACGCUGCCUGCAUCGCCUACAUCCGCCUGACGCAGUACAUGGACACCCAGGGCCGGCCGCGCUCCUGCCAGUCGGAGGAGACACGCGUGUGGCAUCGCCGUGAUGCCAAAUGGCUCAAUGUGCACUUCCACUGCUCAGGAGCACCGGCUGCACCCCUGCAGUGAACUGAGAACCCAGGCUCAGCUUUGCCUGAACUCUAAAGCUGUUUGGAGCAUUUAUUCUCCGUGGUCGGAUUGGUGCCUGGAUCUGGGCUGGGAAGAGGUGGCU